GUCUACAAGGUGCAGGUACUAGAGAUAGGUGAUUGAUUGAGCGGUAAGAGAACUUUUAAACUGGCUCAAGUGGAGAAAACCUCUCCCCGAUCCGGUAUUAAGGACCAGCGUGACAUAUUUUCCUUCGUUCGACAAAAUGACUCUCGUCGCAGCUUCCUCCGGCACGAAAAUGCGCAGCAAACCCGCGAACCGGUGCGGUAAGCGUGGCCAUGUUGUUACCACCCUGGCAGCGGUGCAAUCGCUGGGCAAAAUGGGGGAGGUGACUGCCUACGAGGACGACGCGAAGAACUUCCGCGGGAGCGGAAAGGGUAAAUCCUCCCAGGGUAAAUCCUCCCAGACCCUGCAGCCGGACGGCAGUGCGGAUGGUGGCGAGAAAGUGGAAGACUUGGCGCCGCCGCGCUCUGAUGGGCCCCGGAUUUCGGAUUUCUUCCGGAUUUCUUUGGAAAGUAUUUUUUUCGCGAGCACCAAACUGGCCGGCCUCCCACCUCAACCAACAUCAGGUGGGGAUCGCCGGCUCGCGAAGGUGUUCUUGUUUAGGCAUCAUGCCCGCAUCGCCGCAGACUACAAGUCUACGCACGCAAUUUGAGCUUUUUGUGAUUAGAAAAAGCACAACGCGAUGAUGGUCGUCGCCCGUAAAUGUCGCCGUUCGGAUUUGUGUUCGCCACCUGCUUUUUUUUUUGAUCAGAGAGAGCCACCACCUCAUGCAAGCUUCACAAUACUCACUGUAAACUAGAUUCCGCAUAUGUUUGAGUCGUGUCUGCAGUUCCGCUCCCCGCUGUCGUCGCAGUGAACGCCGUAUUUUCCGCGUCCCGUCUCCGCUCCGUCCGCAGUUGCGAUUGCGCGUCGCCAGCACGCUGGUAUCCGCAAUCCACAUCCACCCGUCAGCAGCACGCCUCCACGCGUUGGUAGCAGAGCUACAGCUGGAGGCUCCAUUCGCAGUCCACAUUCCGCAGCCGUCGUUCCGCCCGCAUGUCGCAUCCACCGCGACAGCCGCAGUGGCCACUGCAGCAUCCACUUUUCGCAGCCGCUGCUCCACACUCGUCUCGCAUCCACCGCUCCACCCGCAGUGGCCACUGCCGCUUCCACAUUUCGCAGCGGCCGCUCCACCCGCAUCUCGCGUCCACCGCUCCACCGGCAGUGGCCACUGCCGCAUCCACAUUUCGCAGCCGCACUUCCACCCGCAUCGCGCGUCCACCGCUCCACCCGCAGUGGCCACUGCCGCAUCCGCAUUUCGCAGCCGCCGUGUCACCACCGUCUCGCGUCCACCGCGCCACCCGCAGUGGCCACUGCCGCAUCCACAUUUCGCAGUCGCCGCGCCACCGCCGUCUCGCAUCCACGGCUCCACCCGCAGUGGCCACUGUCGCAUCCACAUUUUCGCGUCGGCCGCUCCACCCGCUUCUCGCAUUCCACGCUCCACCCGCAGUGGCCACUGUCGCGUCCACAAUCGCAGCUGUCGGCGGCGGAUCCACGAUCGCCCUUCGCCACAUCCACAAUCGCCCUUCUUCCAAACAGCCCUUCGCCACAUCCACAGUCGCCCUUCGCCACAUCCACAAUUGCCCGUCGACCGGGCGGUCCACAGUCGCCCUUCGCCACAAUCGCCCUUCGCCACAAUCGCAAAGCUCAGCGGGAGCUGCGUUAAGCGUGUUUUGGUAGCUGUGUAGUACUAGUCGCUCCUGCAGUGUGUUUGUAUGUCCACACGAAAAGCAUAAUCAGAUCGAUCGGACGGCGCAGCCGUGUAUGUGUAUGAACGGACUACGCACCUAUGCAUGAGUAAGAACUUCUUUCUUUGCGCGCGAUCUCUUGCCAGUUUUGCAAUACGCCCGAACUUAUAUCCCGCCCGGGGAGGCGGCUUCCAUUUUGUAUCAGCAAGUGUGCAUGUGUGGCUACAAGUCUGAAUGUAAAAAGUGUAAAGCUAUGUAUGACGCGAGCAUGUACGCUGUAGAUGUGAAGAUUGUGUUUUUUCUUGUGAUAGAUGUGAAGUAGAAGCGAGAUUUUGCGAAGUUGUGAAGUUACGUAUACAAGAUGAUCGUUUUUUUUUGAGAAGCGGCUGAGAUUGCGAAACUGGUCUAAGAGUGUUCUGGUUUGAGUUGCUACUAUGAAGGACGAUUAGCAUAGAAGAGUGUGUGUACGAUGUGAGAACUAGCGGCUCUUUUGUUCUAUUCGCGAGUCCCCUUUUCCAUCACCGCGAGCCUUUUCACUAUCGCAGCUACGGGCACACCGACGACGCUUGCCAGCUCUGGCAUACAAACACACAUUCACACCGAGUCUCCGACUCCAUCACUACCAAGCCUUCAUGUGCGCGCGUCUUUCGACCGAGUUUCCAAGUUCUUUCACCGAAUUCUUCCACCGACCUGUGCUGCUUGUGCCAUGUGUAACGCGAACAAUAAAAGUUCUACUACCUAGAAUGUGUAUCGCGUUUGUAUUUUUCUUUUCCAACCCCAAAGUGAAAUUUGACAAUUCAGACUCUGGCUUUACACCAAUUCCGAAUUGCAAAACUCUAUGUACAGUGCAGAACUAGUCAUCAGAAACUCACGCCUCCACACUAAAAAAAUCAAUAAUAAUAAUUUUUACAAUUAGAUUCUCGACCCCCUGUGUAGAAAUUGUAUCCUCCACCACGAUGUGAGUGCUGGAGUAUGUUUGUCACUAGAGCCCAACGGUUUUUCACUCAAGCUAGUAACUCCUACUAAAUUGCACCCCGUGCGCAAAGUGUAGGGGCUUAAAUCACUUGUGCUGUUACAUCAUACAACAAGCUCUAUGAUCGAAAACUGAUGGCCAAAGUGGAAUUGUGCAUUUGUUGUAGAAACAGAAGAAGGUCACUAAGCAUGGCAGAUUUACCACUGCCCCUUCUCAGGUAUAGUAUAGUCGAAAGUCAAAGGAAAAGAGUGCCGAGGUGUAAUCAUCAUCAUACAGGUGCCAGCGCGGUGCGCGUGGUUAUCAAUUCUACUUUGACGACAGUGCUAUUUCUAAUUCUGAAUAGCAAAAUCACACGUCGACUUCCGCAGUGUCCGCAUUGAGCGUGGGAUCAUCAUCCGGAUUCGGGAUCACACCAAUCUGGGCAGCGGGCUGCUGCGGCACGGCCUGGUGCAAGUUGAUGCUGAUGCGUCGUCGUUGGGGCGCGGGUUCACCGUUCCCCGCGGGACCACCGGCAGCUUUGGCGGCACCGGCAACGGGACGCUCCCUCUCGAUCUCUUUGUAAAGACGCUGCCGGACGUCCAUGUCCAAGAACGCCAUGGGGAGCUCCAUGCGGUUGAGCUCCGCCAUGGCCUGGUCGUACUGACCUGUGAGUAGUUUUGUGUAGUUGAAAUUGAAAUUUGUAUGCACGGGACCGAUUUUCAUACGCGCCUCUGAGUGGUUGUAGCGCUCGCGUCAAAAAUCAACACUCCUCCCUCGCAACGUCAUCUUUUCGCUCUUAGUCUUAUUGUACCGUUGGAAAGGUGCGUCCGGAGCGCCCCCUCCUCCGUGGACUGCAUCAUCUUCACGAAAGCCGUGAGCAAUCCCUGCGCGGCGUCGAUCAUGGAGGGAAACGCCCCAACGAACUUCUGAUCGUACUCGUUCUUCAUCGUCAGAGCAUCGCGGGCGAUGUUCUGGAUGUUCAGGUUCUCCGGCCCGUUGGCGAAGACGUUGCAGAUCAUGACACACAAGUCGCACAACGGCUUCACCGGGCUGCGAUCCGGGACCGGGAAGUUCACGAAGAAGUCGCUGACGCCGGACAUCUCCAGAAUCCCAUCGCGCUGGUCGAACGGAAGGGCGUUCUCGCAGGUAGUCGUCAUGGCGGUCAACUGCCCCUUCAACGUGGAAAAUUCUCCAUCAAUACGGUUCUGGUCCAUGGCGAGGAGCUGGCUCCGAAAGCGGCCGGUCAUCUCCAAGAAGGUGUUCUGGGGAAGCUUCUGGCAUUUCGGAAACCCCUCCUUAACGCGGGUGAUCAAGGUGUCCAUGCACUGCAAGACCGGGUGCGGACCGGAGUCGCGGCCCAUCCAGUUGAUGAUGUUGGUCAAGUACGUACGAAACCACAUCUGGCGCUGUUGUUAUUUAUAGUUGUUUUUAAGUUUUGAAAUUGUCGUCCUGCAUGCGUAAAGAAACAACGACUGCUCCGGAUUUUUGAACAGCAACGCAGCGUGCGAAUAUAGGUCGUAAUGAAGACGCUUUGGCGUAGCUGAUUCUACAACUCAAAAAGAAGCACUUUCAUACCAGGUCAUCGAUAUCCGUAUCGCCCAUGUACGAGUGCGCGGCGGCAGCAGCGUUCCAGUACAACAUCUCCGGGCACGGGGACGUGGAGAACGCACGCUCAACCGACUGGAGAUUAUGCAAGCAAAAGUGGAGAAGGCGGGAUGGGCUAUGAUGCUCGAUUUUCGUGCAUGUCUGGCGAGCUUUUUUGUUCGAAAUACCGAUACAGCUGUCCGAGCUCUAAGAUAUUCUGUUUCUGCAUGACAAAGCUCAAAAUUCCACGCAUGUCUUCGCAUGGCCACCAUGACACGAGGUUAUCAAGCACGAGCAUCAUAUCUCAAGUGACCUUCUUAUGUUCUCACUCACAUACAUGUCCGUGGCAGUGGGGUUGCCAGUACGGAGCAACUCCUUGAUCUCAUUCUUCACGACGAUCAACAACUCAUCCGUGGCAGCCUUCUCUAGCACCUGAAGGUAUGGAGUUUUGAAAUGAUAAAGAUAGAAUUAUACGCGGCAAAGGUACGUGAAAGCGUGCAAAUCUGUCUCAAAAAGAAGCAUCUCUCUCUCCUCCUAUGACUGGCGUGAUCCUCUUACGGAAAGCAUGAGAAGCCUGAUACUUUUUUCUAGAAAAAGCACUCACUAUACUGCACCUCGGAGAUCUUCUCGAAAAACAGCUCCUGGACCGUCUGGGGCUGAUCCGGAUCACCGGCUCCCAGCACGUCGUUCACAGCGAUGGUCUCCAGCUGGCGGACCUGCUUGCUCAACAAGGCACCCUGGAUCAACUCGCAGUUCUCCUUGAUCUCGGUCAACGGAGUAGCACCGGCGCAGUAGGCGCGACCGCGACCCUGGGCCCUGUUACGGUAUCACUUUUUGCGUUACAAAUUUCCAUUUCUAAAAGGAGUUUUGGCGUUGCAUGUCAUGCAGGAGCAUCUGUUGCUCACCUAGAAAUCAAAAGUCCCUCUUUGCAAAACAGGUACUGAUACCAGGCAGAAAAGUCGGACAGGGUGCGGGUCUGCUGGGUGUUCCCGCGACGAUACAAGGAACCCUGACACAGCGCGUGGACGGCAGCCAUCUCCAGCUGCACCUUGCUGGCCUCGAAGCGGAGCAGGGGCAUUAACUUCGCGCAGGAAGCGAGAGCACGCGCCGCCGACUGCUCAUCACUUAUGGAUUGAUAACGACCCACAAGGUGGCUCUGUAGUGGUUUUUUGUUCAUGUCGAUAACACUUCACGAAUUCAUCACGUCGAGUGGUGCUUUUUGCAUGACAGAUCUAUCUUUUUGCAUGCGCAGAAAAACGCGCUCUUAUCGCCGCAAAUUUGAAGCAAAUAACUCAUGCAUUAAUACGGCCACACGUAACUCCUGGACGGGAGUGAUCCCGUUAAAAUCGCGGGUGGUCAUGGUCAUGAUUUCGCGGUGCAGGUAGUCCGUGCGCGAGUGCAAGCACAGCUUCACCGGUCCGGGCAGGCGGAGCAUGUGGCGGGCAAUGAAAGUAUGCAAGGGAAACUUGCGCUGCGCCACAGCCUCGCCAAAGGUGUAAACUAUGCUCGUAACGCAUGACAAUCACGCAUGACCAGCUGUUUUUUAUCACGACGCUAUCAUCAUGCAAAGAGUGAAGCGCAAGGGUAAUUUGUAAUGCAUAUGUUUGCUCAAACGGACACGACAGCUGCGAGUUGAUCUGCUCGUUGUCGAGGCGGCUCAAAAACUGCACACGAGAAGUCAACCGAGUACGCGCGCGGCCUUCUUGACGAUAGACGUGUUCAAUCGCGGCCAGGAGGGUAGCGUCGGGCUGUAUUUGAUGUAGAUUCAGUUUAUUUCUGAAGAGUCCAUAAGUCAUCUGUUUCCAAAGCAACAUCAAUUCUGCAUCAGAAAAACGCAUCAUGUUCCAAAAAUUAUACGUCCAUCUGCGCCCGUUGGACAAACUCCUGGGCGACUUGGUCGGUCGGCUGACGACGCAGUGCCAUUAUUGCUUUUUCAGAAGGAAGAGGAACUCAGAGAAGGUUGAGUUUCCUCACGCAAAAACUGUUGAAGUUUUUCUCCCUACGGUUUUGAUUAGAAGUGCAAAGUGAAAACUGCCCGUUUAAGGUCAUCGUUAUUCUAGGCAAAAAAAAACGCGAUUUCUUGUGGACCGAUUGGUGCGUGGAAAGAGAAGAAUUGCUGUAGUUUCAGUAGCGCCUCCUCAUCUCAAAUUCAUAAACAAAGAACCGACACUGUUACACAUGCGCUUUCGUGCUUUUUUUUUCAGAACUAUCAAUUGAGAUCCAGCUCAGUGCUUGCGAGAUGUGAUAUCAAAGCAAAGUAGCCAUAACUAACAUCAGGUCGCUCGUCCUUAGCAGUGUUGAUACGAAAUGAACGGAAAAGAUGGCAUUCAGACCAGCAGCGGAGCACAAGACUCCAGAGGUACAGAGAUGUUGUUUUUCCAUUCUACGUGUGGACUUUUGUGCUUAUGUUCCCUAUUCCUGCGUCGCGAUGAUGAGACACUAAUUCUCUUCGUGGUGUUUGUCAUGCAUAUUGCGUGCUCACACCCGGAAACUAUUCCUGUACAAAGCAAAUCUGUAUGCGACUGCAGGCUGUUUUCUGCUCUAUAUCAGUCAAGGACGGUCUUUGCCGUGUAUGCUUUCCCAAUGUCUGUUGUGUAUGUUCUACUACAUGCGUGUGUUGUACUUUUUUACUUGUUCUUAUGUUACUUUCGACCUACUAUAAUGCUUUCGCAGUCUUGUUGUAAAUUCUAUUUAUUCUACAAUUAAUAACUAUGCCAGCACGCCGCGCAACACCAGCAACGGCAAGUUCGCGGCUAUGGUCACCAACGUCAAGUACGCACCAAAGUCCACGAGGCCCACGGUAACAGCAGAGGCGCAGUAGGUGGUGUAGUACCCGUGCGCGUUGAAGGUUUCCAUGGUCAAAGGUCCAUUCCAGGUAGUCCAUGGUCGUCGGCUCCGCUGGUAUCACGCAAGCGCGCUGGCAGUACUACACUACUACAGGAAGGUAUUUUGCUAGUUCCUAAUCUACCUUUUGCAAGAAGAGUUGCGUUGUCUGAGAGAGCUUCUUUUAACUUAGAUUUUUCUAGAAGAAACGAUCAUCCAAAGCGAGACAUUUUUUGACUCCAAAAAGAUAUUCAGAGAGGUCAAAAAGUGAGUAGGUUCGGAGGUAGUGAAGCACCAUUUACAUAUCUUUGAAAGUUAUUCAGAAGCCUCUGAAAAAGAUAUUCAGAAGGUGCUGGAAAUCCGAGUAUACCAUCGGCCUAAAGAUAAACAGAGCUCUCCGAAAAAGAUACUCAGAGAGCUCAAAAAAAGAUAAUCUUUUUCACUUUGCUGUUUCGAAACUGAAAAAUCAAAAGAUAUUCAAAAGUUAUUCAGAGGACAUUUUUUGGUCUCAGAAAUGAUCUCCUUUUUCAGGAGAAAAAACGGAGACGAGAGAGAGUUGAGAUUCUUGUUCAUAAUUUACAAAUAAAACUCUAUCAGGUACGCCGUCGCUCCAUCACGCAAUCGCCGGCACAUGGACCUCCAAAGCAGCUUCGUACUCCACUUCCGGAACCGUGGGCAGAAAGCCGCCUUUAUUCUUCUUGGAGUUCUUCUCCUUCUGCCGCUCGACCAACUUGGUACUGAUGUCCUUCUCCCCUUCCGUGGCGUCACGGAAGUCAAGCCACUCGCUGGUAGUAUUCCGCGGAUCGAGGCACUGCGGCGUGCGCUUGUCAAUCUCCAUUUCGUAUUCCAACUCCUUCAGUUUCGUUGUGCAGCCACCGGCGCGGGUCUGGGCCCAUUGGUGCACGUCAUUCAUGUACAGGCUGUACUGCUGCUUGAGGAUUUCGACGUCUUCAUCAUUGCAUUUCCGCUCGUAGUCGGUGUUGUCGCCAGCUUUUUCGGCGAUAAAACGGGCGCGUACACCCCACACCGACAAACGCGCGUCAGUCCAGCGGGGACCGUCGGCUUCGUCGAAUCGCAUACCGCGCCCCAAGGUCUGCCCCUUCGACUGGCAGUGCCGCGUAGUGUUCGGGUUCAAGAUCUGCUUUGCCAGCUUCUGCUUCAACUUCUUUUCCAACGCGAAAAUCUGCAGCCGGAUGCUAUCUCGCCCUUCGGUUUUGCGGUCGGAGACGGAGCUUGCCUCCUUUAUCUUGAAGCCAUCAAUUCUCAUCGGUUCCAACUGAUUGAUGGUUUCUUGUCGCGCGGAGAUGUGGAGCUUGUACUCCUUGCCGGAAAUUUCGAUCGUCGCUCGACUUCGCGGUAGCCUGCGAUCCCGUCUGCGUUUCCAGAUUCGACUGUGUUUGCGUCGCUUUACCAGAUUGGGUUUCCUUUUCGACGCGGAUUGCCUGCGGAUCCAGUUCCUCCGCGCGGACCGGAAGCGCCACCAUUCUGCUCUCCUGGAUCACGAAAAUCUUGUCCUUCGCCUUUGGUGCACAAGCAGCGUCGGAAACGGGCUGCAAAAACUUCUGUAGCUGAUCCAUCUGUGCGGCCUUCUGCUCGUUGGUAGCAGAAGCCCAGUCCUCCUUGAUCACCUUCUCCUCCACCGACCUUCCCCGCUUUCACCUUCGGGCCACCGGGCUUCAGCAGCUGCGCCUGCUUUCCGCAAUACAAGCGCACACGGCCUGUAUCAUCCGCGUCCUUUAUCUCCAAUGUGUACAUUUCGGAGAUUGUGUCGAGGUCGUAGUCGGUAGCCUCGCUGUCAGAGAACAGGUAGUCCUUGUGGGAUGUGUAGAGCGUCGCUUUGUGCCACGCUUCCGGUUUCCCCGUGUAGAGCAGCUUGAUUGCCUUGAAGCUGGCGGGCGUCAAUACGCAGUCGGAGAUUAGAAACGGCACCCACUGCUUCGUCUUGGUAUUCAGGAAUCUGGUGAUCACAAACGGCGAGAACAGGGCGCAGACGUCCCGUCCUUGCGCCACCUCCUCGGGGAUGAGAGCCGCUGCGUCGUUGCUGGGAUCUUCGUCAUCCUCCACCGGCUCUUCAUCUUCGCGUAUGCCGUUCAAACUUGUAGAACGCCCUGCUUUUGUAUUUCAGCACGAUCAAGUCUGCUAUCACGGAAGCGCUGUGCUCGUGUUUUCCAAGAGGACAAAUCUGGUGCCAACUUGUCAUGCUAUGUUGCUGUUGUUCUCGAAAAGCAAAAGCGUAUCUUUCGCAGGGUGUCAUGCAAUCACAAAUACAAAAUCUGAACGCAAAAGCAGGGCUGUUCUACAAUUUGUCUUGCGUAUCGUCAUCUUCCUCCACCGCAAGCUUCAGAUCAUUCAAUUCGCCCUCCGCAACACCUGCUUCUUUGCGUUCCUUCCGCAGCUCGCGCACCCGCGCUCUCCGCGACCGCAAAUACCGCGCAAAUAGCACUGCACUUGCGGGCUUUGGCCGUCCUUUGGCCGUUAUUUCCGGCGGCGUUUCCUGCCCGACCUGCUGGUUCGUCCGGUUACACAUGGCGGGAAGCCAUUUGGUUGCGUCGAAGGUUUCACUCUGGUGCCGCUUCGUCACGUCCGCUUCCACCGCCUGGUAGAAUCCGCUUUCCCGCUGACAGAUAAUAAGCGGCCGCUUCUCUUCUUUGUCCACUUCUUCGAUCUCGGCCUCCGACAUCUUCCGGAUUUCUUCUUUCCGCUUUUCUUUGUCCAUUUCCGCCGCGAUGUAAUGGUGCCGCAGCUUCUCAUGCUUAUCGUCUUCGUUCCACUUGUAUCCAUGGGAAAUUUCCCGCACAAGUACGAACUCGGUUUCUGCAUGACAGACUUGUACUCCGACCCUAUUCAGCAUGACAAGCGGCAUGCUGAAACUUGCUUUAGAUUUGCCAUGCAUUUUGCACAUGAGCAGGAAAUUUGUAUUGCGUAACUUGUUUCUGCUGGUGGUCUUCUUCAGCACGUCCUUCUGCGACGGCAUAGAACCGGGCUCGUGCGUCUGGUCCGCCCUUUUGGCGUCUAUGGCUCGCACACCCGCAUACGCCCGUUUCGGGGCCGGCUCUGCAGAAGGCAGCACAGGCUCUGCAGGCUGAUGUUGUUGCAGGUCCUCUGUCGCGGUGGUAGAGUGGUUCUGAAAGUCCGCCCUGUUAAGGGCGCAGUCCGAGCCCGGAAUACUCUUCAUUCCGCCUUUCACUCCGCCUAUACCACGAAAAAAACGAGGAAUAGCACCGCGAACUCGGUGCUAUUGCUGCUUGCUUUCAUUUUAUAAACGGAGUUCGGAACGGGACGCGAUUACGCAUGACAAAUUUGGUCUUUCUUCCCCCGAAAGAGGGGUGAAAAAUGCAUGACAGAUUUGGCGCCGUGCCCCUCGAAAGGGGGAAGCACUGCACAGGACGAAGAAGUGUUAUUAUUUCAUGCAUGACAAACACGAUGCAAAGCAUGAAAGCAAGCGCUUCUGUAGCACUGGCACUACUGGGCUAUUGUUGAGGUCUUUCCGUCCAUAGUUUUUGUGUGGUACUUGAAUCGCCCAGCCCGCUUUUCGCAAUUCCGCGUCGUGCGAUUCCGCCCCUUCAAGUACUCCACCAGCUCACUCAGUUGAUUCUUCGCUGUCAGCGGCGGAAGGUUCUUGUACCACCGCGCAACCGUGUGUAGACUAAUCGACCCGGGGUCGUCACUCAGGUACGGAGUGUGCUUCUUCUUCUGCAAAAAAUUUAUCGCGCUGUCGAGGUUGGUACUCGCCAUGUCCAACCACCUCUCGUGCAUAUCAGUUGCUCCAUCGCGGUAAUGUAGCAAGCACCUGCUGACCCACACGCAAAGCUGGGCGCUCAGUCUGCAGAACUCGAUCUGAUAAAUUUUUAUGUUGAAGCUGCAAUGGCAAAAAUUGCAAAAAAUGCAUGACAAAUUGCGACACAGUAUCCAAGAAACGCAACUUUCAAAAGUGCCAGCUGCUCCUGUUUUUCGUCAAACGCCACCGCCCCAAUUCCGAUGCCGCAGAGAAGAAAAGCCAGGUCGGUGUGCGCUUUCUCCUUGUUGUACAGGUAGUUAAUGACCUCCGUGACGUCUUGAUCAAAUUGCUUUCGCAGCUCCAGCUUCGUCCGUUGCCUCAAGUCCUCCUUCAACAUCGCAGCAUUAUAAUGUUCGACGGGCCCGAUGAUCACCAUGACGAACCAGCUCACAACUAUGAACACAAAUUGCGGACCUGUUCGAGUUUGUAGUGUGUUAGUUCGGCUGCGGUGAAGAAACGCAUUACAAAUUCGGAAUUUGUAGUUCGUGGUCAUCAUGCGAGGGGUAGCGAUGCUGUACAUGAGAAACGCCGCCCAAUAUCGUGUUUGUCAUGCUAGAAUUGUUUGUUCCUGUGUCUCCACGCAUGUUUAUUUGGAACCCAUGCUCCAACACGUGUUCGGCUCCAAAUUGCACUCUGGGACCUAACCCACAGAAUAGUCUCCCCAUGAAGAACGAGUAUGCACAUGCAAAAAUAACUAGCACAAAGCAAGCACGAAGAUAGCUACCAAUACUGCGAUCGUAAUCUGUCAUGCGUAAAAACUCAAUCUGCCUGCUUUGUGUCAUGCUUCCGGCUGCGCUUUGUGCUAGUUAUUUUUGUCUUUUCAUAUCGCUAAACAAACCGCUAUUUGGCCCAGAGCCUGUUGGAUUGUGAGCCAUCGGGUCCAUACCGGGGCUCGAAAGCCCCGGUAACAGGAGUGUAGGUUGCGUAAACACUGGCGCCUGCAUUGGUGUGGUGCGACCAGUGUUUGCGCUUUCGCCGAGCACUUGCGGAUGAACUUCUUCUUGUCCUCGGGAAAAUGACAACGGUCUAAAAACCCGUUCAGCGCCGCGUCGCGUGGCAUCGGCGUUUGCUGAUCCCACUCGCCUAUCCACCGGGCAACGUGGUCCAGUUGCGCGUGGAUUUUUUCUUGUAGUAGUUUCACGGAGGUUACCUGGUAAUUUGUGAUGCGAGUUGUUACAUUUUGCAAUACAAAACAGACAUUUUUUGCAUGAUAAAAAAGUGCGAGAAGGGGCGAAGUACAAAGCUACUUGAAAUCUUACUUGUAAAAAUAGUCGUUUUUGCCACCCGAUCGGAUCAAGCCCGCACAUCGCCAAAUAGGUCUCCGCGACGCUCUUGGUGAUGAGCGCGGCCUGAUGGUUCUUGCAGCGAUCCGUCCACAUCACGCAAUUUUUUAGGGCCUCCGUCGCAAGGAAGAACGACCCUAAAUAAAAAAGGGUCGAUAUUGUGGAUCCUCCUGAAUCGGUCGCGGGGGUCCACACUUUGAUUGUGGAUUUCGGAAAGGCGCUGAAGUAGAUCGCGGGGUUGUUCAUCGUCCAAACCAAAUCCGCAAUCUCAUAUCCUUCGCUCCACCCCCUGAAGCCCGAGCUACCACGCUUCUGCUUCGAAAAGUCCGACGAUGAUGGGAACAACACGGUGUGACAAGGUAGUGCAACAUGUCCUAGCAUCGUAUUUGUUCCUCCCAUGGCAAAGGUGAUGCACACGAAGCUCACCAUGAUAUGCGCGUACACGCGGAUGCGGCCGCGAGUACUAUUCUCGAAUAGUAGUGCUUGUUGCGUGGUGCCAUCUAUUUCGCACCUGUAGUGUACUAUUUUGUAACUCCAAUCCGCAAAGUACGACUGCGCGAUGUUAAAAGCGGAGUCGCAAAGUAGAUAGCCGAAUUUCCACAGCUUCCGCGCGUGCAGGAACGCCGUCGCGUUGAAAAACAGACUCGCUUCCGCUUUUUGCUCCUCCAGCUUCGCGGGGUCCACCGGCUUUUUCGACAUCGCGGGCGACGAAGUAGCAGUAGUUGUUCUGCUCGAGAAGAAGUAGUUGUUCCGCUUUCCGAGGUCGCACGAAUGCGCACCUGCCGCUAUCCGUUCCACACAGGCAUCGCGUUACUGGGGAGCGGACGGACUGCUACGCGGGAUCGCCCGCGUAUGAAACAUGUGAGUAUUGUAGAUAGGUGGUGGCUCUCUACGAUCAAAAUUUGUAUCUUACCUGGGUUUUCAUAACGUGCAGGCCUUGUUCGGUGUUGGGACUCUGGCAAAAAACUCGGCGAUCGAUGCUAGGUGGCUUCUGUUUCCGGCCGGACAAAAAACACGCUCUUCACCAAAAAAAACCUUCACUUCGUGCCCCCCGUCGCCCGUGACUCGACUUCUCUCGCUUCCCAUCUAAAAAACGAACACAGAUACUUAGAAAAAACAAGGAGGAGCAGUUUCUUGCGGUGCUUUCGCAUCAGACCGACGAUCAGUAUCUAGUUCUUUCUUUCGCUUCUAUCUUGGCUUCUCUUUCUCAAUCCCGACGGCUUGCUUCUUCGCUUCCAUUUUCCAAAAGCACCAACACUGGGCAUCGAUCCCUGGAUCCCCGCGAAGGGUGAAAAGGGACUGGAGAUAGCAUCUCCACCCUGUACCAACUCGCCCAGUUGGGCGAGUGUCUUUACGUGGAAGUAGUUCGGCCUUCGAGGUUGGUCUACUUUCACUUCUCCGUCCCUCCUCGUGGUAGUAGUGCGUUUUUCCUUCCGGUCGCACAAAUCGUACCGAAAGAAAAAACGCCAAUGCUGGGUAUCGAUCCCUCGAUCCCCGUGAAGGGUGAAAAGGGACUGGGGAUAGCAUCCCCUCCCUCUACCAACUCGCCCAGAUGGGCGAGUGCCGUCGUGUGAAAGUACUUCGGCCUUCGAGGUCGAUCCACUUUCGCCCCUCCGUCCCUACUUGUCCUAGUAGUGCGCUUUUCCUUUCAGUCGCACAAGCCGCACCGAAAGAAAAAAAGCCAACAUUGGGCUUCGAACCUUCGGUCCCCGUGAAGGGUGAAAAGGGACCGGAUCAACGAACUCGGCCCCUUACCAACUCGCCCAAAUGGGCGAGUGCUGCAACACCUGAGAAACGGCCGGAACAACGUCUUCUCUCUUUGCAGAAGACAAGACGUAGUGCGGGCGGUUUUCGAUAGUAGCUGCGACUGCGUGGAUCGCUGCGGGGACGGAAGACAACACAAAAAGGGUGAAAAGGGACUGCCGAUCGCAUCUCGAUGCACUACCAGUGGGGCUAAACGGCUUCGCACGUUCGAACGAAGCCGCGACGGGUGAUCGGAUCGCAUCGGCGAGGGGAUAGGCCCCACGAAGGGUGGAAAGGGACUGGAAGAAACACCUACACCCCUUAACCGCUCGGCCAAAUGGCCGAGCGAGACGGGGGCGGCCUAAAAGGGGGGGAUCGGGGUGCCGAAACUCGACGAGGCCCGUUCUCGCACGAGAAUCGAGCUACGAACGAUCUGACACCUGAUUUCCGACGCUGGGAACGUGAAUAGCAAAAGUCGGAACACCCAAAAGUAUAGCAGUAAACUGCCAAAUAGCCCGAAAAAUUUUUUUCCAAAGAAAUCCGGAAGAAAUCCGGAAGCUAAUCCUCAUCAGAAGCGGCGACCCCAAGAAGACGUCCAUGGGCGAGGCAUCCUCGUUCUUGUCCGCCGUGCAGCCGGGUUGGCAAAACUAUCCAGCACCAGCGGGGACUUAUAUCAUCGCAAGUACUUCUUCCACACCGCCGCCUGGAUGGGAAUCUGCCGUAGUCGUUGCUGCCGAGAAAAUGGAGAACACCGUCUGCAAAAUUUCCAAAACGACCCAGCAGAAAAAGAAAAAUCCAGAAGAUCGCGGACGGAGGGGAGCACCACAGGAGUUGUACUACAAGUUGAGUUGCAAAGUCCAGACGGCUGCGUUCGGCGUUUUGAAUGACCCGUACGGAACCUGGUUGCAGACGUGCUGUAACUUCGGGGUGACGGCGGAACGCAACUACUUCUGUUACGACAAGACCCCAUUGCCCCCGGACUGUCAGUAAAUCUAAUUUACAAAUCACGGAAUCCGUCGUGAUUUUCACGGAUCAUUCGAGGAAAAAGUGAGGACACACUUACAUUCUUUGCGAAAUUUAGUCAUACUCUUGCUUACGACAAGGUGGGAGCUUGACUGAGUUUGUCGCGCAUUACGAUAAGUAAGAAGUAGCUGAGUAAUUUCACGGACACAGAAUUGGUUGCAAGCACAGCAAUGUUGUGCAAGUGAAAUCAAAUGAAAGAUUUUUGAAUCAUGUCUCGAAUUUCUUAUAAGAAAGAGCAGCUUUUUCUCGUUUACAGCAGCAGUUCCGUCUUGUUUUUCUAAGGUUGGAGCUAAAGCAGCUCCACCAAGUUGUCCCUUUUUAUUGAAGUAGCGCUAGACACAUGAGAAGAAAGAACAUCUUUCAAGCGGUUCCAUGUGACCAACCUCAACAAACAAACAAACAACUCUCGCUUGGCCGUAGAGAGUUCGAAUUUGUAAAAAAAAAAUCGAUAAACAUUGAUGCUCGAAGAAA